AAAAUAAAUUAUUAAAAUUUAUAAAGUAUUAAAAUAAUUAUUUCGAAAAUAAUAAAAUAUUUUGAAAACGAUAUUAGUUUAAAAAUAAAAAAUUAUAGCAAAUUAUGACUGAUGAAAAUUCAUGCAAAAGUGUAUGGAAUAAAGUUUUAAAUACUGGAAUUAUUUGGAUUUCUUCACAAAAGAAAUCCUCUGCAUGUCCUCCUUAUAUGAAAAAGAAAAAAAUCGAAGAAGAACCCAAAAAUGAUUUAAAACCGUCCGACGAAGAUAAAAAAUUUGAUUCUACAAAGAAAUUCGAAUAUAAAAGUCCCACUGAUUUCUGUUCUCCAAUUAAAUCUUGUUAUAUUAAAAUGCAGGAUCCUUGUAGAGCAUGUUGUUGUGAAGAAAAACCAAAGCCACCACCUCCUUGUCCACCUAAAUGUGGCCCGCAAGUACCACGCGAACCAGUGUGUGGUUGUGAUCUUUGUCAAAAACAUCCCGGUCAUGAAAAAUGUUGCGACAAGAAUAGAGCAUUUCGCGGUAUAGAUAUUCAUCGUGAAUAUUUCGAAAAGGCAUAACAAUUUAUUUUUAUUAUAUUACAUUAAUUUUGUAUAAUAUGCUUAUAUGC